UCCAAAUGCCUGUGCCGAACCCACAAGCCUCCUCUCACGAGGCGCCGCCCAAGCAGGCACAGCCAGUGGACAAGACGCUGUCGAGCGCGUCGGACCUCCUGAAGCUGCUCCCGACGGGCACGGUGCUGGCCUUCCAGGCGCUGGCGCCGUCCCUGAGCAACCACGGCGUCUGCCACGGGGCCAUUAACCGGUACCUCCUCCUGGCGCUCAUCGGCGGCUGCGCCUUCUCCUGCGUGCUCCUCUCCUUCACGGACAGCCUCGUGGGCCGCGACGGCAGGCUCUACUACGGCGCGGCCACGUUCCGGGGCUUCUACCCUUUCAACUACAGCGGCACGCGCGCCGAGCGGGACGCCGUGUUCAAGGACCUCUCCAGGUUCCGGCUCACGCCCAUGGACUUCGUGCACGCCGUCUUCUCGGCGGUGGUUUUCCUUGCCGUGGCCUUUGCCGACGCCGGCGUGCUCGGCUGCCUGUUCCCCGACGCCGGGAUGGACCUGAGGGAGCUUCUGGUGAACCUGCCUCUCGCCGCGGGCUUCCUCGCUAGCAUGGUGUUCAUGAUCUUCCCCACCACCAGGAAGAGUAUCGGUUACACGGAUAUGAUGCCUCACUCGCAGUGACUCACCGAGCAAAUUGAUGUGAAAGGGGAAUCGUGCUGUUAUAGUACUAGUGUGAUUUUCGGAAGAAUAGAAUUUUUAAGAGUGAUAUGAUCAGUCUCAUUUAACCAUGUCUAGCCUGUACUCCCUCCGUCCACAAA